CCUCGACUUUCCGCGGUCAGACGCGGUCUCAGACAGACCCGACUCGGGAUUGCUCGGCUAAACCCCGUAUCGAAUCACUGCCCCCCGCGAUAACAGUAAUCCCGGUCACCCGCUGACACUAACGCCUACCCCUCCCCCGGCUCCCCCCUGCCAGAUGGGAUGGCAGACGGUCACCCGAUAUGGGUCCACUGUGUAUUGCUUAUUCUCGUCACUUCCGUCGCUCCUCCAUUAGUCUCUUCUUCUUUUGUUCGCCUUCUUUGUUUCUUUUAUUAUGUUUUCCUUCUUUUUCCCCUUCUUCUCAAUCUCUCUUCUCAUUACAUGCCCCUGAGGCAGCGCGACGUCCGCGAGUCGCUCCAGUCAAGAAGCAAUCUUGAACGGCGAAAGUUUUGAGGCCGCUGCGUCAUCUACUGUCACAUGAGGACGGUGUUUCUCAACUGCUGCGGAACAACUUUCCAGAUAUGUCCUUACCAUGGACGGGACGGAACUUCAUUUGAAACUUCGGAACAUCAAGAACAACUAGGUUUCUUCCUUGACCACUACAUGAACCCUCGUUUAGUCUAUAUUCUCUAGUUAAUUGAAGCUGGUUCGAGUUUGCC